UCAGGCCAUUAUGCGGACGUCUUUUAGCCUACUUUCUUUGGGGAUCCGCAACUUGGUAAUUUGUAAAUUUUGUUGUAGACUUUUGAUAACAUACAGCUGGGUUAAUAAUCAGAGAGGGUUGCGUGUCAUUAAGCCACAAGGGGGUCUGAUAAAAUAUAGCAACCCCGCAAAUUUACCAAUCGGCUGGUCACCCCCGGGUUACUAAACGUGCGCACCCACAUUCCUGUCCGCGUUUAGCGCGUGUAUGAGGUUGUUUGCCCAACCCGCCCACCACCUCCGUCCCUCCCUCCCCAGCUUGCUCGCUUUCGGUCAGCCCGCAGCAUUCGCCUUCACAGCGAGGUUUUACUAGAGCGAUGGCUGCGAAAGUGUGCAGAUCCGUACUCCUACUGUCCCGGAGCAGCGGCGCGGGGGCCAGCAGCCUCCCCGCACUUCUUGUCUCCUCACAGCGACAUCAUCAGCACAUACGAACGGAGUCGUCCCCCCUCCUCCCCCACCAGCCAGUCAGGAGAGCACAUGGUCUACGAUCAGCUGCCCGCUCUGCUCUCUUCUGCUCCACGCCCACCUCCCUGGCUCCACAGGUGUUGCGGGGCGCCCCCUACUGGCAAGGACAGAGACUACUGAGCUCCUCUGCUCCAUCUGAAGAGGUGACAGUGGUGUACCAGAAUGGGCUGCCGGUGGUCUCGGUGUGCCUGCCGUCGAGGAGGGAGCGCUGCCAGUUCACCCUGAAGCCCCUGAGUGACUGUGUGGGCGUCCUCCUCCAACAGCUGCAGGAGGAGGACAGGGGCAUCGACAGGGUGGCCAUCUACUCUACAGACGGAGCGAGGAUAGCCUCGUCUACAGGCAUAGACAUCCUGCUGCUGGACGACUUCAAUCUGGUCAUCAACGACACCACACACCUGGUUAGACCUCCUCGGAGAGAGCUGCUGGCCCAUGAGGAUGCAGAGCGUCUGAAUGAUGUGAAGUUCCUGGUGCAGCAGCUGUACACCACCCUGCACAUCGAGGAGCACCAGCUCAGCAAGGAGAGGCAGCUGGUUGGACGCCUGGAGGACCUCAACUCAGAGCUCCGCCCUCUAGAGAAGGUGAAGGAGGAGUUGAGCCGGAAGGCGGAGCGGCGGACCACCUGGGCUCUGUGGGGGGGCGUGGCCUACAUGGCCACCCAGUUUGGCAUCCUGGCACGCCUCACCUGGUGGGAGUACUCCUGGGACAUCAUGGAGCCGGUCACAUACUUCAUCACCUACGGCACCGCCAUGGCCAUGUACUCUUACUUUGUCCUCACACGCCAGGAGUACAUCUACCCUGACGCCAGGGACAGACAGUACCUGCUGUUCUUCCACAAGGGGCUGAAGAGGACUCGCUUUGAUGUGGACAAGUACAACAAACUCAAGGAGGAUGUUGCUGAGGUGGAGCUGGAUCUGAAGCGUCUGAGGGACCCACUCCAGCUGCAGCUCCCUGUCCAGCAGAUCACCUCCAGCAAGGACUGAUGACGCCCUCCUCUCCUCCCUCCAGCCCCCUCUCUCCCUGCUUUCUGUCUCCCUCCCCCUCCCCCCCCCUACCCCCCUCACAUGUCCCUUAUGAGGUUAGGAAGAGAUAUCCUUCCUGACUGACCAUCGCAACUGCAAGCUAAACCAAUGAAGAGGAGGACGACGACAAGAAACACAUCCCUCUGAAGGCUGAGGUUGGAGAUGAUGAUGAUGAUGAUGAAGAUGAUGAAGGGACAGUUGGCAGAAAGUCACCAUGGCCAGACAGGAAGUGAUACAACUGAAGAUUCAUACUGCAGAGGCGGCUUACAGAGGGGCAGUGUGUGUGUGUGUGUGUGUGUGUGUGUGUGUGACAUGCUAGGGACAACCAGUGGAAGGCCAGGCCCUCAGUAACAGUCUUCUGAAGCUGUCUACCCGACAACACUUACAGCACUACUCUGAUUGGACAAGACUGGGCUCUGGAACACACAGCCAUCCUCUGAUUGGGCAAGGCAGAGCUCUGGGGAGGGACUUCAGCCCAUGAAUUAAAGUUUACAAGGACUUCCUGUGGCUAGCCGCUGCCCCCAGCAUGCAUGGAGGACUCUGAUAGACCAUCCACGUGACUUUGGCUCAGAUCUAGCCCUCCCAUUGGCCAGACUCUGCUGCCCAUCCCACCCUGCCGCCCUAUCAGCAGUUUGUCUCCGCCUUGACAGGAAAUGGAGGGCGUCAAUUCCUCUUCCUUUUGACGUUCUGUAGAGCUCCGCCCCUCGCCAGGGGGAGAGGAGAGCCAACGGAAACAUCACUGUGGGUUCUUUUAUUCCAAAAAAAUAUUUUGGCGCUUUUUAUUUUGAAAGCCAUACUAUAUUUGUUAUGAAUAUAAAUAUAUAUAUAUAUCUAUCUAAAUAUAUCUACAAUCAAAGGAGCUGUAGAGAGACCAGUUUAUUUUCAGUAGGGGGUGGAGCUCUGGUUGUCAAUAGUUACAGACAGAUAGAUACAGAUACAUGCAGGUACUGACACAUCUGCUUCACCUCAAUAUCAAUAAGUCCUGUAGGAGUCUCAUCAAUGGUCCUGCCCUCUCUCCCUCACACACACACACUCUCUCUCUGACACAAACUCCCCCUCUCACACGCACACACCCUCUGA